AAAUAUAUCUAUUCUUUUUUGUUUCUAUUGUCACGCAUCCAUUGUGAUAUGUUUACUAACUCUACUCAACACGACCUUGAACACCCCUGGCGCAUCCUAUCGAUCUACUCCUCCAACGCAACGCACACUUCAGUAGCAUGGUUGAGCGAGUUUGUCCAUCAUGAAGUUUGGAAGCAUGACUAGCAUUACAAUGGAGCAACCCGACGAUCCAUCUCACCAGAUAGGUUCUCUUAAUGGCUGCCCGGAGAAAAGUACGGGACGUCUUGUCCGGAUUAUUGAGGAAUACCCCCUGGACAAAAAUGCAGGAGUCAACUCGCAACAGAGGCAUAUCUUUGACCCGGUUAUGCCUGGCCUGCAAACAGCGGCAUCACGCUGGCUUGAUGCCCACUUUCCUCAUGGCCGACAGAAGACGCUGCUGUUUCUGAGCCUCUUCCUGACCUGGCUGCUGGCAUUUGCCGUUCUAUCAGAUCGAAGUAUGGCCCUCGCCAAGGUCGACGGAGCAUAUCAGCCAGUACGACAGCUGAGUUGUACCGAGUCCCUGUGGCUACCUGGCAACGGAUGCGGAGAGGACGGCGAAAAUUGUCCAGCCACGUCCAAGCCCAUGGCGUUCCGCUGCCCAGCGAAUUGCGCGAGCGUCAAACUUCAAGAACCACACCUUGUAGGGUCUCAGCGAAUAGUAAAUCAGCCUCUGGCCAUUGGCGGGCCAGUUUACCGCGCUGAUUCAUGGAUAUGCGCCUCGGCCGUUCACUUCGGCAUCGUCGACGACGCGAAAGGUGGGUGCGGAGUUCUCUCCCGCAUGGGCCAGACGAAUACCUUCCCGGGGUCGAGGAUGAACGGUAUCGUCUCGGUUGCGGUUCGGACCUACUUUCCGCAGUCGUUCAAGUUUCAGUUUGACUCGGGAUUCGAGUGUCAUAGCAAGGAACAGAGUCGGAUGCUGCCGUAUAUAUCCAUUGCGUUCACAAUGGUGGUCUUUCUGUUCAGUAACACGCCAUUACUUCCUUUCUGCGUUGCCAUAGGAACUGGUUUGAUGCACUCCAUAGCUCUCUUGGGUGUUGGCAGGAGCGAGAGUGACGCGCCGACUGUGCAAAGUGGUUCGCCAAAUUUUCGGCAAACCCUGAUCACUGCCACCAUCCAGUAUGCGCCGGUGCUUCUUUGCGCCACUCUAAUAUACAGACAUGUGGUCAGGCGGACUUUGAGCAAGGUCGCUCCAAUAGAGAAGACCGUCUUGUGGCUUGGUUCCUUCUGGGUCGGGUUGAUCAUAAGCCAUGAUUUGCAACAGAAGAUCUUCGCGGUUCCCAGUUUGGUGGCCCUAGUUGCACUCCAUCAGAUGUACUAUCUGCAUGAAGAGGGAACUCUUCCGAGGUCCUUAGCACUGUAUGCUGCUUCUUUGUCUACUCUUGCUAUCUCUUUGGCCUUUCGUGGCGUUCCCGCACAUCUGUUGCCGCUCGCUUUUCUCCUGCUGCCGGGAACUGCCGUCUUGACGAGGCCCAAUCUAGCAUAUCAGGGCCUCCUGGCCGGACUUCUGGUCCAGGGACUCGCUCAGAGGGGUCUAUUUUAUUCGGUGGAAAUCUUCACGACUCCAACUUCAGCGGUAGAUCUAUCCGUAGUUGCCGCAGUCGCCCCGCCAGAAGUCCUCAAACCGGUGAUCCACUUGAACGACGCUUCGUCUAAUAUUACUUUCACCUGGCGUACGCCGGUACCAAUCGAAACGGACGGGAUUAGCAUGCUGAUAAACGAUGUUGAGAGGGCAAGAUAUUCUUUCGCCAGCCAGGAAUCGGACAGGUUUGAGUGGGUGCGCACACCGCAAGCCGUACCGGACUUUGUCCGGUUCAGCUGGGUCAAGGAGAGUGCACUAUUAGGUUAUGGAGAUGCUGGUAUUUGGAAAGCCGAUGGAUUCUGGACAGGAAUAGGUGGAGCUGACAUAUCGCAUGAUGCAAAACGUUUGUCAUGAGCAUAUUUAUUUUAUUACAAG